AUGGCUUUAUCAGUAUCUGAUAGAAAGUAUAUUCAUCCAUUGAUUGAGCAGAUUCAACAAAGAUGUCUUGGAUUAAGAGUCAAAGCUAAGGAAUUUGAGUUAAUCAGCGGACAAAAAACGCCAGAACUGAUUUCAAUUCCAUUAUCCAUUACAUAUUUAAAGGAAGCUACAACCUGGAUGAAAGAAUACCAUGGAUUAAAUAGUCAGAUGUCUUUAGGAUCGAUCGGAUUCAAUGAUAACCUCAUUGUCUUAAAUCUUUGCCAUAAUAUGUGCGAUGGUAGAUUUAUGGCUAAUCUAGCUUCUGAAUUGAGUGAUGAAAACGCUGUAAACAUUCGCCCAAUAGAAGGAUGCCCAAUUGAGCCAUCAACAUACUUCACCAAGGAAGUUAGCCUUAAUAACAAGGAAUGCAAAGUCUGCGGCAAUGAUCCACAGAUUGCAAGAUAUAUUACUAAAGGAGUAGGCAAAAUAGCGCCAAAAUAUACUGAAUCAUACUGGUACAGAUUCCCAAUGAAGGAACUUGCUUGCUUCAAUAGCAAAACACAAACAGCUACAAAGUUAUUGGAGCAUCAAAUUGCUGCUGUUUCCUUAGCAGCUGCUUCAAUGAAUAGUGAUAAGGAGUACUACAAUAUGGGCGCAUCGUGUCCUGUUGAUAUUAGAAGAUUUACUCCUUCGACUCCAUAUGAACCUCUCAAGUCCAUCGAUUCCGAAAUCGUUAAGAAAUACUCAUUCGCUAACUUUGUUGCUUCCGUUUCCGCUUAUACAAAAGCAAAACCAAGCGAAACAAUUAGAGAUAUCCUUCCAAGAAUCAGAGAAUGCAUGAAUGACAAGAUUAAGUCUGGCGAACAGUUCAAGUUCUUAUAUACAAUGCAAAAAGUUGUCGAAGCCGGUGGAGUUCAAGGAGAAUUCCCAGAUGGCGCUGGUAUUGAAGUUUCAUCCAUUGGAUCGAUCAAAGUUGGAGGCAGAAUCAAAGAUUACUUAUUCAGCCAUGUUAUCAAUGGCGAAGAAUCUUCAAAGUCUAUCGAAUUUGUUACUUAUUCUUUGAAGACACCAACAAACUACGACUUCUCUGGAUAUCUUAACUACAUGCCAGGAGAUGCUACAGUUGAAGAAGCUGGAAAACUCUUGAAAUGCUUCGAAUUUUCAUUAAAGCAUGUCGAAGACAACACUACAGUUGGCGAUGCCAUUAAGUUGAUCCGUAAGGAAGUCUUAUAA